AAAUAAAAGGUAAGACCACACAUGUUUUUAUGAUUCAUAAGGUAAAUAAAUGGGAACGAAAAAAAUGUGAUGGUGUUUUUAUAAAAGCAAAUUAUUAUUAUUUCUAAUAAUAACAUGCAUACUGUAAGCUUUUUGCCUGACAUGAACCUCAGCACACGUGAUGUUGGAGUUGGAGCAGGUUGGAGUUGAUGCCAGGAGUCUCACACGAACAUUAACUCAACAACGUGAAGAGAGAGAGAGAGAGCUCAGUGAUGUCUUAAAGUCACCAACAAAGGAGGACACGUCCCAGUCUUCACAAGUGUCCCGGGGGUCUUCCUGCUGACUGUUGAUUCCGUCGGAAGCUGGACGUCAUUUUCACUGCAGGAUGGGCUUCAGUGAGUUGCUGGAGGAGAUUGGUGGAUUUGGGAGGUACCAGUGGCUCCACGUGACCUUGAUCAGUCUCCCGGGCCUCCUGAUGGCGAGUCAGAACCUUUUAAACAACUUUGUGUCUGGAACCCCCUCCCACCACUGCAGUCUGGCCAAUUAUAGCCUCCUGGACACGCUUCCGCAGCAGGUGGAGCAGAAAGACAUCUUGAAGGCCUUCAUACCUCUGGACUCUUCAGGAACAAAACUAGACCGCUGCAGCAGAUACGUGACGCCUCAGUGGCAUCUGCUGGCGACUAACAGCUCCGCAAACACCAGCCACUUGCAAACUGAAAGCUGUGUGGACGGGUGGACCUUCGAUCGGUCCGAGUUCCUCACCACCACCGUGUCCGAGUGGGAGCUGGUUUGUUCCCUGCGUCCUCUCAAGCAAAUGAUUCAGACCAUCUAUAUGGGCGGAGUUCUGACCGGCGCCAUCAUCUACGGUGGCCUGUCCGACAGGUUUGGGCGGCGGACUGUCCUUAUUUGGUCGUACUUGCAGUUGGGCAUCCUGGGCUGUAGCUCCGCCCUCUCGCCGACGUACACCAUCUACUGCGCUUUUAGGUUUCUGAGUGGGAUGGCAGUGUCGGGGGUCAUCCUGAAUUCCGUCUCCCUGAAGGUGGAGUGGAUUCCGACCAAAACCAGGACGCUGGUGGGCACGCUUACCUCCUUCUUCUUCACCGUUGGUCAGCUGAUCUUGGCGGGCCUGGCUUACUGGCUGAGAGAUUGGAGGAAGCUCCAGCUGGUCGUCUGCGCUCCCCAAUUCCUGUUCUUUGCCUACAGCUGGUGGUACUCGGAGUCGGCGCGAUGGAUGGUUCUGAAGCGAAAAUAUGAAGAGGCGUUGAAGACCCUUCAGCGAGUUGCCCGGAUCAACGGAAAGAAGGAAAUGGCGGACAAGCUGACAUUGGAGGUUUUAAACUCCCACAUGAAGAAAGAGAUCGAGUCCUCCCAGACAAUGUUCACGGCCUAUGACUUGGUGAGGACCGCAGCAAUGAGGCGCAUCUCUGUGUGUCUCAUCGUAGUCUGGUUCUCCACCAGCUUCGCGUAUUACGGCUUGACCAUGGACCUGCAGAAGUUCGGGGUGAGUAUUUACCUGAUCCAGAUCAUCUUUGGAGCUGUUGAUUUCCCCGCCAAACUUGCGGCUCUGGCCAUGCUCAGUUAUCUUGGUAGGAGAGUGUCGCAGACCACAUGCCUCUUCAUGUCCGCCCUCAUCAUCUUUGCCAACAUCUAUGUCCCGACAGACAUGCAGACCGUCAGAACCAUACUGGCGUGUCUCGGUAAAGCCUUCACGUCAGCGUCCUUCACCACCGUCUACUUGUACACUGGAGAACUUUACCCCACCAUCAUCAGGCAGACCGGAAUGGGUCUGGUCUCCACCAUGGCCAGGGUUGGCAGCAUGGCGGCGCCGGCCGUCCUCAUCCUGGACGAGGUGUUCCCUUCGCUGCCCAGUGUGGUCUACGGGGGUGCGGCUGUGAUAGCCGCAGGUUUCGCUUGCUUCCUACCUGAGACGCUCAACGUUCCGCUGCCAGAAACCAUCCAGGAUGUGGAGGAGAGAUGGUCUGGAAAAAGUGUGGCCGACAAGAAGAAAAAGGGAGAAUCUUCAGAAGAUGAGCAAGCGGUGUCCUUGAAGGAAAUUGUAGUAAACGGUCUUAACGCUCUCUGACACUGCUCAUAAUAUUAAUUAUUAUUACUAUUUAAGUCAGGGGUGUCAAACGUAUGGCCCGAGGGCCGGAUCAGGCCCGCGGACAGGUUUUAUCCGGCCCGCGGGAUGAGUUUGCUAAGUAUAAAAAUUACCCUGAAAUUUUUGAAUGAAGGAAACAGCUUUUCUAAAUAUGUCCACUAGAUGUCACAAUAGCAAAUCUUUGUAGAUGAUGCUACAUAUGUAAAAAAAAUAAAAAUAAUAAACCACAUGAUGUCAAGGAAAAUGAUCAAACUACAUAAAUAACAUCCUGUAAUUUGAUUUUGAUAUCAUUUUUUUUAUCUUGAUAGAUUGAAAAUUAACACCAAUGAGUUGACUGAUGAACAUUAUCACAUAAUUUAUUCAGAAAAUAUAAAUAACGACAUAUAACGAUAGAAUACUAUUAACCGCAACAUGUAAGUGUACAAAAAACCCCAACAACAUUAUGAUUUGUACAAUUUCAGAAUGUGCUUGUUCUAUUUUAAAACAAAGAAAACAAUCUGAAGUUGUCUUUAUUUUUAAGUUAUUGUGCUGUGAUUUUACCAGUCUGGCCCACUUGGGAGUAGAUUUUCCUCCAUGUGGCCCCCGAUCUAAAAUGAGUUUGACACCCCUGAUUUAAGUAAUACACCGCUAAUCAUUGUAUCCACAUUUUACUUGAAUGUUACAGUAAUAAAACCGAUUUAUAAGAUUAGCACUUUAAAUGCACUUAUCUCCAUUCAAAAUGAUUGAUUUAAUAAUAAUAAUAAUGGAUUAGACACUCAAAGCUCUUCACAGAGAAGUGAGAACCCAUCAUUCAUUCACAACGGUGGUGGUAAGCUACUUUCGUAGCCACAGCUGCCCUGGGGUAGACUGAUGGAAGCGUGGCUGCCAGUUUGCGCCUACGGCCCCUCCGACCACCACCUAUCAUUCAUCAUUAAUUCACCAGUGUGAGCGGCACCGGGGGCAAGGGUGAAGUGUCCUGCCCAAGGACACAACGGCAGCGAUUUGGAUGGUAAGAGGCGGGGAGCGAACCUGCAACCCUCAGGUUUCUGACACGGCCGCUCUACCCACUAGGCCAGGGGUGUCAAACUCAAAUACAGAGUGGGCUAAAAUUUAAAACUGAACAAGGCCGUGGGCCAAGGUUGAACAAAUUAACCUUUUAAUAGGGACCCAAACAAGUUUUGCAUUGAAUAUUGAACAAGCAAGGCUUAUAUAACUUUAUAGUGACAUCCAAAAUCCAGUUUCAAAUAAUAAUAAUAAUAAUUAAAAAAUAUCAAUGGCAUAUCAAAUACAAUUUAAAUAAAAAUUGAAUGCCUCUUUUCUAUUUGCAGCCUUCUUUGGUAAAUAUCAACAUUAUCUUUUUCCACAGGCUAAUACAUUUGAAAAUAAAAUAACAAUGAAUAAAACAACCAUUCAGGACUUUAAACUGCUCAGUUUGCAACACACUGAUCUAAUCUGAUGUGCCCAAGCCAGAUACCUGCCAUCUUUUCUUGGAUGCUAGUUCAUUAAUGUCGGGGCUCAGGCUUUGAGCUGAGGCAACUUUCAUUAUCGAACGAAGGUGUUAAACAGUCAUUAUAUCUCGUCCACCCAAUUAUAACAUCUUUCAGACCCA